AUGAAACGGUUCCUUUUCGUGUUACUCGUUGUUGGAGUUACCCGGGCCUGUCAACCAGCGCCGCCACCACCGUCUCCUGCUGACAUUGUAUUAAAUAAGCAAAGUGCGAACAUCAAGUUAGUCACCAUCGUUGACUACGAUAAGGAAAAGGUCCCACAAUACAUGGGCUAUUUCCCAGCAACACAUGUGUCGCAAUGGAUGAAAGAAGUCGUAGAAAAGGGGCAGUACUACAAAAAUGCGCCUGUAGAAUGCAUCCACAAUCAGACUACACCAACAGAACCGAAAACAACGGCAGAAGAAACGGCAACAGCUACAACAGCGCAGUCGCGACCAGUGGUGCCAGAAGCAGCUACAGAAGAAGAGGAAACGAAUACAAAGCCAGAACCGAAAACAACGGCAGAAGAAACGGCAACAGCUACAACACCGCAGUCGCGACCAGUGGUGCCAGAAGCAGCUACAGAAGAAGAGGAAACGAAUACAAAGCCAGAACCGAAAACAACGGCAGAAGAAACGGCAACAGCUACAACACCGCAGUCGCGACCAGUGGUGCCAGAAGCAGCUACAGAAGAAGAGGAAACGCAUCCAAAUACAAAGCCAACGCAGGAGUAA